GGGCCACCACCUAUGCUUUUUCCGCCGCCCAAAGCCUCUUUCGACGAGAGCUACGUGAUCCCGCGCCUGGAUUCCGACGCGGGUGUCGACGAGCACUGCUCUCAUCUGCAGCUGCUUUCGCAGUCGACCACCGGAGGUGGGGACCUGCUCCACGUGGAGCAUCAGAGGAAGAAGAGUGCAACGGAUGUUUUCUCGCCGACCAGCACCACGGACCGGGACGCAGACUGCUCGAUCGAUCGGCCCGCCGCAGCCAGCACCCCCUCCCCGGUCGCGUCCACGCAGCGGAUGGAUGCUACACCGUGCGUCUUGCCGCUCGACGGCGUCGAAGACGAGGGAAGUCAGUCGCUAGGUGUUGAACAAUCCUCGGCAGUUGUGCGGAGCGCAGCCACCGCGAAACUUUCUCCUGCGCCGACUUGUUCCGUUGGUCAGCAGGUUAACAGCGCGCUUGCCCCAAUUAAGCCCCCACCUGUGGCCCCGCCACCGCCACCGCCCGCUGUUUUGCCACCUGCUGCGCCUGUUUUGGGGGCGGACAGUACUCAAGGUUGUAGUAAGGGAGGACAUCAGGCAGUUCCACCCGGAGAUCAUGCGGCCAAAAACGGUGAUAGUGAAGAUCUUUCGUUCACAGCAGCGUCGCAAGCUGCAUGUAAACAGGGUCCUCGUUUGGUUCUGCCGCUUGGUUCGAAGAAAACGGAAGUGGACGUGACGCCCAUCUGGGCGGACGAUAGCACCCCACGAAACAGUACCCCCGGCGGGGUUGGAAACACUCCGAGGGAGGGGGCUUCAACAUCUGCAGUGCCUCAGCACGACGGUGCUGUUGAGAACACGAAUAAACAGAAGCAUUUGAAGAUGAUGGUGGAUGAGAACUACAAUGCUCCGCAACAAAGUAAACAGCAACAAUCGGAUAAUUGUUCCGUAGAACAGAGUAAUAGCAGGCAACAAGCUGUGGAGCACCACCACGCCGCAUUCGAUUUCCUGGACCACCAGGCCCCGGGGUCGGCCGUUGCCGACAAGCAUAUCGACGUCGCCCACGUCAAAGAGGUUCUGGUGGUAAACAACGUCGGCCAGGAGCAGCAGAAGCAGGUCGUCGUGAGCGCCGAGGGUCGUGAGAUGAACCAGCAACAGAAUAGUAACAUGUUGGAGCCGAUGAAAGACCGUUCGGUCUUGACACACACACCCAGCCGGGCAACGAGCACGGGAACCUCAAUCUUGCAUCUACUUCAGGCUUCGGAGGACGAAAUUGAGGAGAAUCUUCACAUUACAACCGGAGAAGUAGACCACAUCAAAAGCUCUGCAUCUUCCAGUAGCAGCUGUCGUUCCUCUGGUAAAAGAGGCCGAAAUAAACGGAAGCCGAACAGGAACAGUGACGCGAAGCAACGCACAACCUCCAGGGCUGAUGGAAGAAAGGAAAGUGAGGCAAAGACCUUCACUUCAACGGACAAGCACGACAAAGAAGGAUCCUCAUUGAAAAUAAGCCACGACCAAAAGACCACCUCCGCAAGAGAAGCUGGUGUCGCGACACCGGCGCGGUUUUCGGAAAUGCCGGAAUUCGUGCCGGGAUUGGGCGUAGUCACGCCUGUCAGCUCGACCAAGCAGACAGCCACGCCGCAGUCGGGGUCUGGUGGUCAACAGUCCUCCUCGCAGCUGGGCAGUACGAUCAUGCAGAAGACCUUGUCCUUGAGUAGCGCACUGGGUUCCUCUACUAAUUCGUCAGGCCCCAGUACCCAUGCCCAUCAGCCGCACAGCGGACCGACGAUGAUCAACAAGGCGAAUAAAGCCAAGGGCGGCGCUGCUGGUACUACUUGUUCUGUAAACGAGCCUCGGAAGCUGAGUUUGGUGCAGAGUCUGGACAUGUCGGGCUUGGAUACAGGCGCGGACCGCAAGGCUUCGUUGUCCUUGCGAAAGCGAACAGCGGGACAGUUUUCCUCCACCUCCGGACCCUUAUCCGGCCUCGCGGAAGAGCUACCCCUAGAUUCGCAAACCUACCCGUCCGGCUUGGCGGCCCUACAGUCCUCCCUGUCUUCGAGUGGUCACCAGGGAAUGGCUGCAGUUCAUCGCGGUGGAGGUUCAGGUUCUCGGGGGGGCAACCAGCGGUUGUUGUCUUUGGACAAAAUGAUUCAACUGCCACCAGGGUCGUCGUCUUCGUCGUUGCAGCAACCUUCUGGAGGUGCUGGUGCUACGCAAGGCCGCAAAACUGCUGUCGUGCCGCAGCAACAAUAUCAACCGGGUAGUAGUAUUAAGGUGUCCACCACCCGCGGCGGCCAAGCCCAAGUGUCUUCAAAGGUGCAGGCAUCAAGUGGCUCGAGAACGAUUGCCAAGCCGGUUGUUGAGGUGGAGAAGAAAUGCAACCAGGAGGAGUACAAGAUGAGCGUGAGCGAUUACCUGAACGGCGGCAGCGAUGUCCUGCCCAUCUUGCGCUCCGUGUCAUCCAAAACUAAUUACGGCGCUUUCGCCGAAAACGCGGGAGCCGCAGGAGCCCCUGGUCUGGCUUCGACGCAAGAAAAUAAAGUUGCAACCAGCGCAGCUUCGGGGCAGAAACGUGAAAUUCUAGAGCAGCCGACUACGGGACAGCAGCAGCAGCAGCAGCAGCAGCAGCAGUCGAAUAUUAAGACCGCUGCGAGUUGUGCUGGCACUGCAGCCGGAAAGAAAAAAGCCACGCGGAAACAGUCUCCGAAGGGUUCGCCGGCGCUGCGCCCCACAACCAAAGGGUCGAAAAGAAAGGGUCCAGCAGUCCAGGACGUUCUUCCACAACUGCAACAGCAAGAUCAUAGCACUUCUCGGGCCGCCAUGAGCCGGGCGGAACAGGAGCACCAGUAUUACUUGCGCCAGCUGAUGCAGCACGAAGCGACGAAACAAGAGAUUGCCCGGGCCGCUUCCGCCCAUGGCGGCUCGGCGAGCAGCGUGCGUGGGAUGAGCAACGCGGGCUCCUCCGGGAGGUCCGGGACCGGUUCGCAGCACACCCGAGGGUCUGGUGGUCACCUGGUGGCCUCGCCGCAGUCUCACGUGUUGCGCGAAUACAUGUCGCAAACGGGGAAGGGAGCCAGCAGCGCUUCGGCAAAUACGAAGACCGCUAGUACAACUUCGAACAACCGGAUGAACAUCAAAGGGUCAGCUAUUGAAUUCGACGAGAUAAAAAUGGCCUACGAGCAGGAAAAUGGAUCCUAUGUGGGCGGGACGAGAAGUAGCAAAACGGGUCGUGGUAGCUCUACUGCGCUCGCUGGUCCUCCUGCUGCAGCUGCCAGUUUUCUGCACUACAAGGAUAGUUUCGAGUACCCGGAGGCUGCUAUUUCUACCGGGGGUCGGAGAAAAGAAGGGUACAACUACAGCAGCGCCAUCAAUAACGGUAGUUCCGCGACGAGCGAUGUGUACCACGGCACUGCGACUGCAGCAGGCCCGAGUGCUUCUGCGGAUGAACAGCUUCAUCCUAGUCGCGGCAAUGUCGCCCAGGCGGCCGCCAGGACCACUGCUCACAACGCACAUAAAAGUCAUCCGACGGAGGAAUCAAUAAGGGAUGAGCUAACUCGGGCUCUGUAUGGCGAUCAGGGUGGUCGUUGCUUCGGUCGUCCGCUCAGUAGCACAUCUGAAGAGCCACGCGGGUCGCACUGUUCGUCUGGGCUUAGCUCUUUGCACGAGCUGGCCGCUGCACGCGCCCCCAACGGCUGGCACGAUCUGGACGAGGAAGUCGCGGCAGACAGCAGCCUGAUGCCUGCAGUUCCGCAGCAGCAGCAGCGGAAAACUGCGAAAGCUUCUGCCGUGAGCAGGACCAACAUGCAGCAUCCACCUCGCGCAUCGCCACAAAGAAGGCCGGUAGGAGCAGUAGAGGGUGGUCAAGCUCAAGGGCAACAGCAGCUCCAGCAGCAACACAAUUAUCGCGGCAAUCACCAUACUGGGGCCGCUCCUGCUGGUGCGGGGACGAGGCAGCACGUGAGUAUGCCGUACGACAAACGAAUGGGCGGGGCCUCGUGGGGACACUACGUAGGGAACGAGCGGGGCGGGCACGAGUACGAUCAUGACGACGAAGAUCGAGACUUCUACGACGAGAACUUCAGCAACACGUCUAUCACCGAUCCGCGCGCCGACCACGGUCGUCAGACGUACCGACACAACUACCCCGACCAUUUUAUCAAAAGGAAAAAUCCCCCCUCCCCAUAUCAAAACGAAAUUUCUGAUGCUGGAUUUGAGUACACAAAUCAGCUUUGUAUUGCAGGAAAGCAUUGCAGUCAGGUCCCCAGGCUAGGUAGGGGCGUAUGCGUCUAGUUGUUCAGCUUGGCAAGCGGCUCCCCUUUAGGCCCAACAGCAUGACAAAUCGCCUCCAUAAUGGGGCGAAAGCUUCUGCCCUUGCCUUCUUGCAAAACAAAUGUGAUUUGUGACCUCAAAUCAGCAACGCAAAUUUUCGGAAACAUGCCUUUUCAAUAUGGGGAGGGGGGAUUUUUCCUCUCAAUACAUUUACAAUUUUACGGACAGCAGCGGACUGGACAGCAGUACAACGCGGGUCAGCAACAUCAAUACCAGGCGGUCGAGGCACAGCAGCGGGGGGCCGUUGGCAACCAGCACGGAAAUAGAGCACCAGCUGUAGCCAGAGGCGCGGUCGGCGCGGUGGCGCAGCAGCGUGGAGCAGCGCUGCCCGGCGGCGCACGGAGCGGCCAGCAGCCGCGUGCCUCGUAUAAUUCAUCAAAGGCUCCUGUCAAUAAUGCGAGCGUGACUUCUGCAGCAGCCGAGUCUGGUGCGGGUGGUUCCGGCGACGCACGCGGAGGAGCAAAUGGCAGAGCGCCACCGCGGCCAAGCCCGACAAACAUCUACCAGUGCUUUUCCCCGCGAGGCGAAGACAGUGCGGCGACGACUGGCUUUUUCACCCACUACCGUCCCCCCGUUACGUCGACCCAGGCAAAAAGCAGUAGGGGAAUGAAUUAUGUCGACCCGGCUCCGUCCAGGCAGGGGAAUACUUCUAAACAGUUUCCAGUACCGUCACCCAAUCAGAGACCGAAGGGGAGUCCUCCCACUGCUGCACACCAGGGCGGAAGGAACGGCUUGCACGGUAUUUUUGAGUUUCAUCAUGUCCUCCCGAUGACGUUUGUUUCUAUCUUCUGCAAGAUGAAUCAAUCUUUGCUUGUAUGGCGCGCGCAAAGUUGCUUUUUGAAAAGUACUAGAAUUUUUUUUUUGCAAGCGCUUCAGUGCUCAAGCCUAGCUAAUAUCACUAGCUAAUUCUAAAUAUGCAUGAGAAGUUCAGCGCGAAUAAGUGCAAAAGCACGUCGGCGCCGAGAGGUAAGUAGGCUGGUACUCUUCGAGGCUCUGGCCCACGGAUCUGUCCAGGGCGGUCCCGUCGCCAAGCCUUGCUGAGGGUCUUCUACUCGGAGCUGUGGCUAGGUGUACGGUCCCAAAACGACGAAAACCGCGGGGAGCUUACCAACCUCCGAUACCUGGUUCCGAACAUCCAGCCAGAUCUUGACUCUGGCGCACGAUGGCGCUACCUACACUGCGACGGCGCAUUAGCUGUCGCACAUGGGAAAAAAACCUCUGCGAAUCUAUUGUGAAACUUCGCCCGAGUUUGCACCCCUCCGCAGAUGCCAACUGAUCGGCCUCUUCGGGAGGGGUAGUUACAUCGGGAUUGGCGAUUUUUUGGGGGGGUGUUUCGUAGGCCAUUUUGCCGGCAACUUCGAAGCCCCUUUGGGGGGCCUCGUGUUGGGGAAGGCCUGCGUGCCGGUUGCUCUUUUCGCUGCGGUCCACAACAGGUGGUCUCCGCACUUGCGUAUUGCGAAGUCAUUCGCAAACUCGUACUAGACGCCGAACAUCAUGAGAUGGCCGCUCUACUGUUUCAACCCGAGUAGAUGACUUUGCGCGCAACCAGAAACAUGUCCGCGCUCCCCACGACGUCCCGAUAGCGUUCAGGACAGAUCCGUGGACCAGCCCCCCUUCGUGGAAGACGACUUUACUACCUCUGAAUUAGACACCUUGCUAUGCAUGCAAAACUCCAUCUAGUAUAAUUAGCUAACUCUAUCUAGUCUAAUAUAGCUAGUUGCCGACGUACCAUGCAAACAUUAAAAAAGAAAUUCUAGUACUUUUAAAAACGCAACUUUGCGCGCGCCAUAGCUUGCUGGUGUUUGACUUUUGAAAACUGGAAUUGGAAAAUUCAAUCGCAUUUCAGGUUCCGCAGCAGGAGGUGCUUUCGGAAAACAGAUUCAAUCCAAGCAGAUGAGCUCGGUGGUAUCUCGUCAGGAGCAGCACCAACCAGUAAAGCUUGCUCAGGGUGGUCCUGGUCGCGGUGUCAAUGUGCCUGAACAAUUUGCAACAUCACAGCAACACCAACAGUAUAAUGAUCUGGCAUCAUUGGGCCGCAAGCCCUACGAAGAUCCGGAAAAUGUUUCCUACAGCCUCUCCCAACUGAGGCAACAAGUGGACGACUUACUGCAAGACUAUUCGCAACUGGAGAAUAAGAGCAGUGGGAAGAACAAUCGCAGCACGACCGCCGCAAUUUCGGUUGAACAACGCCCAAUGCAACAACAUCAACAGCAGGCUGUUCCGUCAGGGCGUUUAUCGUCACAAGGAGCCGAUAAAAAGGUAAAUGUUCUACUGUCACCAGGUGAAGACCAUUCUGCAACGAAAAUAGAGGAAAACGAAAGCUGCCUGGCAACCCCGAGCGCAGCAGCCCUGCGGCAGUUGAUGACCAAGCUAAAUCUGGCACGUGGGGGAUCCUCUCACGGGUCUCCGCCGCUACGUCCCGAUGGAUCGGGUUCUUGCGAAGAAUUCGCGACGACAAACAAAACUUUUUCCAAGAACACAGUGGAACAGCGUGGUCCCCCAACGACGUCUCAGCAAAAGUUUGAAUCGCCUCCUCAUCUCCCUGCUACCUCUGAACAGCUGGAGGCUUUCAAGAUCAUGUCGACUGGCGCUAGGUCUUCAUCUCCAGUAGACCAUGACACGGACACAAGGAACCGCGGGCACUCCUACAGCAGCACUGGCGUCGGUACGGGCGUGAGCGCGACGGACAGCACGACGGGGCGCACCCCCUCGACUGUGGCCGCGCACCAGCCGUCUUCUUCCUCGGGGGCUUUGAUGUGUACUACCAACUCUUCCGUUACAAACUACCCGGCUGGUGUGGUCGGGCCCACGACUACACGGGAGCCAAGCAGUCUCCGCUCGUGGAUCGACCGCGACUGGAGCCGAAAGAGCUUUGAUAACAACACGAACUGGCGCGGAAGUGGCACUACUAGCCAGGCAGUUCCCCGGACCAGCAGCGGUAGCUCUUCGCAUGGAGGUCCGCCGGGCGGCGCCGUCUCGUCUUCUCUUUCGGCCGGUGAGAUAAAACCAGGGACGAUGGCUGCUGGUUUUAUGGCUGCUCUGCAAGAGCAGCAGCAGGCAAAGGCUUUAGUGGCGGAAAACAAUGCGGCUUUGCACAAGAGCGCCGCUGCUGUUGUCCGUACGUCGCCCUCUGCGACAGUAGCAGAAAGUGUUGGUGUACAACUUCCCGCUAGUGGUUCUUCUUCUUCGGGCGCAAAGUUUUGCAAGCUGCAGGCGCAGCAACCGGUGAGCAGCAUCAAGCCACCGCCGACUGCUGAGGCAUAUGGAGCUGUGGUUGCUUCCGGGCUGCAGCUAGCCUUCACAAAAGCUGCACCGUUGUCGAUCGGCGAUGAGCUGCGUCAGAGCAGUGUUGAUACGUCGCAUGCUGGGUUGGCUCGCCAAAGCGACAGCACAGAAACUUCCGGCGGGUACUUCGAUCAGCUGCAAAGCGAGCUGGACAGUGCAAUGGCCUGA